AUGCAGGAUGGAUUUCUGUUCCUCUGGAGCCAAAAGCAGAUGAGAAAGAAGGUGAAUUUGACUAUUGUGAAGCAGAUUGAUUUGUUUAGUGAUAAAAGCUCAGAAGUGGCAGACAGGGAAUCGCAAGAGAAAAUGUCUGGCGGGUCUUCUUGGAUUUAUGUUCCUAUUGUAAUCGUUAUCUUAGUUGUACUCAUCCUGUCCGCAAUAGCAUUUUUGAGGAGCAGACGGGUGGAAAGUCGAGGAAAAAUUGGUUUACCAAAUCCAGAUAUCGAUAAUUUUGAAAGAAUUGAAAAUUUUGGAGGCUAUUACCAGCCUAUUUAUGAAACUUCUAGAACCACUGGGGAGCGUUAUAGUAGGCGUGCUUAUCUGUUGAUGCAAGGUCAAAACGAAGCGGUCUGCAGUGUUCCGCAGUAUGACGCACCUCAACUAAUUCUGAAUGAAAACGAUCUUUACCAAACUGCAGGAUAUCCACCUUAG